AUGGGUUGUUGCUCGUCAAAUGUAUUCCAUGAUGAGGAAAAAGGAUUGGAAGAUCACUUGUUUCCAUAUCUUGAUUAUCAGGAACAACCGGAUGAUGAAUACAAACAACUCGAUACUGAAAAUGAUCAAAAGGGUGAUACCGCUGUGGAGCAUAUAUUUAAGAAAACGAAAUUAUCGGUAGAUUUGUUUCUCAUAUCCUCUUACCUGAAGGAAUUAAAGUUUCUGAAGUAUGCAUGUAUCUGUAAUUUAGUUAUACCAUUAGUGAAAGAUGAAGAAGUACCGAGGAUGGUAUAUGGACAACCUCCCAAGGAUAUGAGAAAUUCUCAAAUUGAUUGGAAACACGAAUACCAUAUUGAUUUCAUAAAUCGACCAUGCCCUUAUGAUUUUCCAGCAUUUGAAGGCGAUAAACCACCCGAUUAUGAUGAAAAUAAAAUUGCUACUGUGGACGGAGAGAAAUCGAAAAAGGAGAGUGGGGAAGAAGAAUAUGAAAAAGGAGCAAGGAAAAGGAAAUCGAAGAGUAAAGACAAAAAGAAAAAGAAAAGUGAAGAUAAAUAUGAUAAGAAAGAUAUCUCUAAGGUCAAAAAGCCAAGACGUUCUAGUAAUGAACUCGAUCAAUGUAGCCUUAGUGAAAAAAAUUGA